AUGCCCUCUCAUAUACUCACUUUUUUGGGCCUGGAGUCAACCGACACGUCUGCAAAUGUUCUUCAAGAAGGCCACAACUUGCAACCUAACCUCGACUGGCAAAAUGUAGCCAUUGCAUCAAGCUUCAUAGUGUUGAAUGGUGUCAUGUCACUUAUCCUUGGGUUACGGUUGGAGAAAUCGCUGAUAGUGGCAUCCAUUCGUUGCCUUGUCCAGUUGACAGUGAUGGGCUAUAUUCUCGAAGAUGUAUUCAAGGCACGUCACCCAGCGAUCAUCAUGUUGAUGGUGUGUAUCUUGAUUCUGUUGGGAGCUUACGAGACAGUAUACAACAAAUGCAGGCUAUCAUUCCCUGGCAUGUUCAUGGCAGUUUUACUCUCUACGGCAUUUUCGACGCUUUUGAUCGGCAUCAUUGGCACUCGCUAUACCCUGGAGCAGGAUCCCUUUUGGAUACCCGAGACUUUUAUCCCUACCAUGGGAAUGCUUCUUGGCAACAUGAUGAGCGGCAUGGCUGUGGCUCUUAGCAGCGUCUUGACGAGCGUUGGCACUGGAAAGGAGCAAAUCGAAACAUACUUGGCAUUUGGAGCAAGUCGCUGGGAAGCAGGACAAUCCAUCACAGUGGAAGCUGUACGAUUAGCCAUGUUACCAACCAUUAACCAGAUGUCGGUCAUUGGAUUGAUCUCGAUCCCUGGAAUGAUGACUGGUCAGAUCUUGGGUGGUGCCCCAAUCAUGGGAGCGGUGCGAUAUCAGCAAAUCAUCAUGUUCCUUAUUUCUGCUAGUACUGCAUUGGGUGUCUUGAUGGCAGUGGUGGCAUGUGUCAGAAUUAUGAUUGACAACAAGCAUCGAUUACGACCUGAAAAGAUCAUCCAUGGCAAAUCAAAUGUGUUGAAAGAUCUGAGGAAUCUUAUCGUGUCCUUCGGCGGAUCAUUGGCUCAAUUGGUGUGUUGUAUCCGAAAACACGAGGAAGACGAUAAUGACAGUGUUGAAGAACGCCGGCCACUCCUCGAUUAA